UUGUCUAUAUAAACAGCAUACCUUCAGCCCUCUCAUAGCCACCAGUAUCUGUCUCCAAGCAAAUAGUUAGUUUCAAAAGAGAUAAUAUAUCAGCUUUACUUACGACGUCGUUAUGGCUAGCUCUGGACAGCUCCUCAAGCUCGUUUGCCUUGUGGCGGUGAUGUGCUGCAUGGUGGUUGGUGCUCCCAAGGCCAUGGCAGUUGUGUCAUGCGGCCAGGUGGUGAACAAUCUGACCCCAUGCAUAAACUACGUGGCAAACGGUGGGGCUUUGAACCCUAGUUGCUGCACUGGGGUCAGGUCUCUCUACAGCUUGGCUCAGACCACAGCUGACCGCCAGAGCAUCUGCAACUGCUUGAAGCAAGCCGUCAAUGGCAUCCCUUACACCAAUGCAAAUGCUGGCCUUGCCGCUGGCCUUCCUGGCAAGUGUGGGGUUAAUAUUCCUUACAAGAUCUCUCCUUCUACUGACUGCAAAAGCAUCAAGUGAGAGGUUUCUGUGGAAGCCAGCAGCUUGAACUAGUAGCAUAAGAAUAAAUUGGUGCUUUGGUUUGGCUGGCUCGUGCACGCCUUUUGGGAGUUUGUCUGCUGUUGGUUUCAGUGGGUGUUGCUCUAGUUGUUAUGUCAUCUACUUGGUGUUUAGGUUUCUAGUUUGACAGUGGCUGAUUUGAUUUCCCCUGUGUUUAAAUCAGCUUCCUUGUUGUGACUAUCUACUGUUUAAUUAGUAAUUAUAUAUCUUUUCUCUUAACAUCUA